CGGGGUGUCGCUGGGUCUUACUCGUGGACGAGUCUCAGGCGCAAAGUGCGAGAUGCAAGCGGGGAAGGUCUGUGCCACGCAUCCGGGAGAGGGACGCUAGUUAGGAACACGAAGAAGGCCUGGGGGGGCGGGGUCAAAGGCUUCCUUCCACUGCCCAGCAGCUUUGUGAGAGGGGACAUUCCCUGAGGAGGCCAAGGGUAACAACAGAACCAUGACUGAGUCUACCAAGCCUAUCCUCUAUUCCUAUUUCCGGAGCUCCUGCUCAUGGAGAGUGCGAAUUGCUCUGGCCUUGAAAGGCAUCGACUACGAAACGAUGCCCAUCAACCUCGUAAAGGACGGGGGCCAACAAUUCUCCAAGGAAUUCCAGGCAUUGAAUCCCAUGAAGCAGGUGCCAGCCCUGAAGAUUGAUGGGAUUACCAUCGGCCAGUCACUGGCCAUCAUUGAGUAUCUGGAAGAGACUCGUCCCACGCCACGACUUCUGCCUCAGGACCCAAAGAAGAGGGCCAGUGUGCGAAUGAUCUCUGACCUCAUCGCUGGUGGCAUCCAGCCCCUGCAGAAUCUGUCUGUCCUGAAGCAAGUGGGACAGGAGAACCAGCUGACCUGGGCCCAGAACACCAUCACUUCGGGCUUCAAGGCUCUGGAGCAGAUCCUACAGAGCACGUCGGGCAAGUACUGUGUAGGAGACGAGGUGUCCAUGGCUGAUCUGUGUUUAGUGCCUCAAGUGGCGAAUGCUGAAAGGUUCAAGGUGGAUCUCACCCCCUACCCUACCAUCAGCCGCAUCAACAAGACGCUCCUGGCCUUGGAGGCCUUCCAAGUAUCUCACCCCUGCCGGCAGCCAGAUACACCUGCUGAACUGAGGGCCUAGCUCCUAAACCCUGCCCUGUUGGCACAGAGGCAGGAGAGGAACACAGAAGCAGAAGCUGGGUAGGCUGACAGGCUGAAAAUGAACACGUCAUGACUGGGGAGGCAGGACACUUGAAGUCUAGCCCCUGAAUUUGAACUCUAGCCCUAGACUGCCUUCUUGCUGAACCUCAUCUGCUUCAGUCCCCUCAUCAAAUGCAUGUGGGAUGGGAGUUGGGAGAUGUCAGGAGCAGGGUAGGCAGAAACAUUAUCUGCUCUCUGUGUCAUGAGGUGUCAGCAAGAGGAAUGUGGAUUAAAGUGCCUGGCAACUA